ACCCGCUGUCUUCAUUUCCCUCGGCUUCUAAGUUGCUAUGCACUCUUCAUGUAUUUUCGGUCUCCCAGAACACCAUAACGCCGCAAGAACAAUAACGAAGGCCUCCACAGUACGUCAAAAUUGGAUUUGCCCGUGGCCUCAUGGGACCCAGUCGUUGUUAUGUCGAAGGCAGUUUGACAGGUUCUCCGCAUUGAUGGCUUAAUGGAAGACCUUAUAUUGAGACGGGAAGAACGCGUUAUUGUCUGUGUUGGGAGUUCUCGCGCUUCAUCUUGUUCCCCCUGACUGAUAUAACCCACGACGAUAGGUUUGUGGGUCCAUCAUCAGCCAGCUAGCCUGUGCAGCGAUCUUGCUCUAACGACCUCGACUUGUAAUACCUAGACUCUUGCUCUGACAUCUGUAUCCAUACAUCCCGCUGCUAUCUUGUGACUUGUCGUACCCGCUCUCAUAUCUCAUUGCUCUCUUGCUUGUUCUUGCUGUCUGCUGUCUAGUUGAAACAUCAUUUUACAUGUCAUCGUCUCGUACACGGACGCAAUCUUCGUCUAAAGUUACUACACCUUUGUUUCUCCCUUCAUACUCUUUUCUCGCAUAUCCCCCACAGAAAGAGCGACCUACACAGCCUCUUCCAACUACACCCAAGUAUACGUCCAUCGAACCUUAUACGCCUGUCAGGUGUAGAAACCGUUCAUCAACUUUUACGACGAACAUCACCUCCUGGAUCUCUCACGUUGAGCCAGGCACUCCUGCACCUGUCUCACCGGAACGCAAGGGCUCUAUCGCCAGUGCGACGUUUGUUGCGUUCCCUUCUUCUGGCGACAAGGAGAAUCAAGCCAACACGCUUGAGUCCCUUGGCUACACAUCCACGUUUGUGAGCCUUCAGGGUAUUGCUCGCCCUCCAUCUGUACCAGAGAAACGCAAGAAGUCCUUUUCUAAGGAUAAGAGUUCUCAGGUUGAUCAGGUUACGCGGCAGAAAUCAUUGAAACAUUCUCGCUCCCUCUCUUUCUUCAGAUCACGCACACAAUCGACUCCAUCACCCCCUCCACCCGCUCGCACUCCUACACAACUCACCAUGCCUUCUUCCAAAACAUCUUCACACUCUCGCACUCAUUCCGUCGCAUCUACUGUCACGAAGUCCAAAGCUACGAAGUAUCCCAAAGUGAGACCGCCACCAUUGGCUACAGACCUCGCUCUUGCACAAUUCGUCGAUGGUGGCAGCGUUGAGGACCAAAUCAAACGGUACAACGAGGCAAAGGCGAAAGCUGGAGGCGCCAAAAGAGUGAAUGGACAACUUGUCGGCGUUGGAGAUGUGUACAGAGAUGAAGACGGUACUGCCUGGCGCGAUCAGGAGGAAGCAUUGGAACAUAGCCACCUUUUGAAGGAUGAAGCGGAGACAGGUUGGGUGAAGUUCCGUUCUCACUUGGACGCUACGGUUCAGGAAGGCAAAUCGGUUGAAGCCUCUUUGGAGGAUGAAGAACGUCGAGGGAGCGUAUCCACGCAGGCUACUCAGGAUUCGGACUUGGAUCCUCGAUAUGUCAUGGACGCCGAGACUGCUGCUCAAGACGACCUGGCUGCUUUCAACAGUGCGAGGCUUCGUUCGCCUAACAUGGCUACUAUUGCCAUACCAUCACAAAACUGUCGAGUUGCCAGACACAUGCGCAAAUCAGAAGACCUCUUGGAUACUUUCCCAGUUCCAAUCUCUCCUCGAUCCCCGCUGACCCCACGUCCGGAUCUCAACGCGGGCACCAAUGAUUCAAGCCACGCUGUGCGCUCAGCAACGAAGACACGGCGUCGACCAGCGCCGCUUGCGCUGCCUCCACAAAGUCCGGCAUUCGUGUGUCCCACGAAUCCAAUCAGUGAUGCGGAGGAAGUACGGCGAGCGUUUCUCGAGUCUUCGUUCGCGCCCGCACCUCGGAGUCCACUGUCACCUGUCACCGCUCGUACUGCCGUUCCCCACAGCGCAAGGAAAACGAUGUCGAAACAGUCUGUGCUGAAUGUUAACGUGAAAGGCCUUCUGAAGGCCGUUGGUCGGAGGAAGUAAUCAGCUCAUCGAAGAAUAACUCUAGUAUUAAUCGUAAUCAAUCGCGCCGGCGUGGAUCGUUGGUGUACUAUACCAUUUUGUAGCCAUAGGAAUUCUUACGGUCGAAACUCGCCGUCCACCUCUGAACUUCUCGUAUUGAGGAAAUUCUGAUGUCCCAGGCUGUUAAUGGGCGGUCGUAAUGGUAGUCAGCCACUGAAGCUGCAAUUCACCUAGCAUGUUGAAACC